ACUGACACUAACUUCGACAUGUCAGUAAUUUGUACUUCCCUUCCCCCGAUAAUGCGCAUCAGGGCUCACUCGCGAAUGAACCCAAUGCAUGCUCGCUCCUUCGUCGCACUGGCGGCUUCGCCUAGGUCUUCAUCCCAUGCUACCAACAGAAAAUCACGCUCUGUUCACACUAAUCCCCGACUUCAACCAGCGUAUUCUGGCCACAUACCACUCACUUCAUUUGAAAAUGGAUUUCUCGCAGUUGGCUCUGCACUCAUGUCUCUCAUAGAUACUCGUCGCGCGGACAUGGUUGCAGCUUGCGGAGAAACCACUGCUGGGCCAACUCUGGUAAAGUUGAGGGAUAUAAUGCUGGAGUCUCCAGAAGGUCGACGCAUUCUCAAACAAAUGCCACGUAUUAAUUCGCAGACCUUGGACUUGAAGAAGUUGCGGUGCCUUCCAGAGAACACCUUCGGACGUGCCUAUGUAGGGUGGCUUGAUACUUGCAAAGUCUCACCCGAUUCUCGAGAGCCCGUGCACUAUAUAGAUGACCCAGAGCUGGCAUAUGUCAUGCAGCGCUAUCGCGAGACGCACGACUUCUAUCAUGCCCUCUUUGGAUUUAAAGUCUCGGCCCUUCCCGAACUUGCACUCAAAGCUUUUGAGUUUACGAAUCUAGGCUUCCCCAUGACUGCAUUGUCUAUGGGAGCCUCAAUAAGACUUAAGCCACAUCAGCGAGCCCGACUUUGGUGGGAGUUUGUCCCUUGGGCUGCGAGAUGCGGGAGUCAUGCGAGGUGCUUGCUUACAGUGUAUUGGGAGGAGAGGUGGGGACAGGAUCUGGACGAAAUGAAGAAGGAAUUUGGUGUCUGGGAUCCACCGGCAGGGAUUACCAUCCCGCGACCCUCGCGUGUUGACUUCCCCUGACACAUACCAACAUGGUGAUAGGCAAUUGACAUUUGUUUUCAAUUUCGCGGGUCCUGUGGAGCUACAGCAUGUGGAACCGACUGUGUAGAUCGAUAUCGUUGAAUACCCCCUAUCGCCCGGCUAUCGAUCCUGUGCAUUGAGUCUACCCGCCAACACAGUUCCGCCUAUGGGAUCUAGAACGCCUAGACUUAUUUCAAAAUCUGGGAUGUUAUGCUGUCAUAUAUUUAAGCUUAAAGAUGUUUGGUUUUAUCCUUUUGGACAGAUGCAUAGUCCGCGUGGGCACCUCAACUCAAUCCAAC